ACGUGUUUUUGGAGGAAAAGCAGCCACCUUGUAAAAUGACAAAUACCUGCCGCUGCAUAUUCCUUCUGUGUGUAGUAACUAUUGUUGAUUCUCAAAUUCAUACAGCGAAGAUGAAAAAUCCAGAACUAAAAAUGUCCAGUCCGGAGAACAGUCGGUGCUUCGCAGGAACGUGUGCCGGGAUUCCGUAUGAAAAGAUACGGCAUUUAUAUCGGGGAAUAUUUUUCACAAAGAAUGAGCUGCAAAUGAAGCUAAAAGAAUUAAACGCCUACACAAGCCGCACCAGUAAGAGUCCCGUAUGGCAGAAAAAGUUCAGGAAACCUUACGGCUAUUCCUCGCGUUUAAAAAGUUCUAGUAAUUAUUAUUAUUCGGGGUAUCAUGACGGUGACCAUUGUUGUCCUACAUCUCGUGAUUUGAUUUUCCCUCCUGUCUUAAAUAACACGAAAGGAGUACUUCGUUAUAUCGUCCAUUUCCCCGACAGUCAACCAGACCCCAUGUACCAAUUCAUACCCAGGGGGAGAUGUGU